AUGGCCCUUUUCAAGGCAUGCAUUGCCAUUUUAUGGCACCUGUCAUUUAUUUUGUUUUUUUCCCACUUCCCACCCUUCACAACCUGCACCCAGGAAGUGUUUUCAUUUUCAUUUUUUUUGCCAUCCCUGAGGUGGAGUGGAGUUGGCAAAGGCUUCUUUUGUGCUGCCUUGCCACUUCCUUUGGCUUUGGGCCUUGCCCCGUUGGGUUGUGCUGGCAUUUCUGGCCUCCCACCAUCAGAGCUCUCAGUUCCCUCACCCUUUCCUUCGCUGCUGCUGCUUCUGCUGCUCCUGCUGCUGGAGCUGGACUUGCUCUCCUUUGCUUUGGCUGGGCAGCAGGUUGCUGGGCAGGCUUCUGUUGGUGGCCUGGCCAGGCUUCUGUUUUUUGGAUAUUUUCGCAAUCUUCUGGUGGUGCUUUUGCUUGCCACCUUGUGGGUUUUGGCUGGUUGCUGCCACUUCUACUUCUUUCAGGUGGGGAUGGCCUAUCCCAGUCUGGGGAAGAUGGUGGGGAUUGCCUCAUCCUUGCCCUUGCCCUUUUCAAGGCUUAGCAGCUGUGCCCCUUUCAAGGCUUUGAAGUGUGCUCUUGUCAGAGUUUGGAUUUAUGCCCUUUGCAAGGCUUGCAAAGAGUUUUUUCCAAUUGAUGCCCAAGGCAUGUUUGGCAAGCCCUUUUGCAAGGCAUGCUUGGCACACAGUGGAUCCUUUAAGGUGCUGGAUCAGCUCCCCCCUGCGCCGACUCGUCCCUUGACCAAGAUGGUCGCUUCUUCCUUCCUGGGUGGGCAGAAAUCUUUGGUGAAGGUCGCCAAAUGGGGCAGCCGCGAGGCCUGGCGGACCAUGGUCAAAGAGUUGGCACCGCAGUCCCCGGAGGGCGAAUAUCUGCGGCCCAAGAGCCAGCUGCGCGCGCAGGUCUCGGCAGGAGUUGGAAUUGCCAGUCACCUGAACCACCUCGUCGCCUCAUUUGGGGAUACGACGUUGGAACUUGUAGAUCAAGGCAGUCGUUUCAACGGGGGCCAUGCCGUCUACUUGGGCAACACCUGUCCCUGGUGUCACCGCGUGGCGCUGGCCUUGGCCUUUCGUCAAGUGCCUGAGCGAUGUGUCGCCAGGGUACGGUUGCUGGAUGACCCUGAGCGCGCCUCGCGCGGCGGCUGGGCCUUUGAUGCCUCGCAAGGCUUUGCGGAUCCCGUGUUCCAAGCCAAGGACCUGCGGGAGGUCUACGACCGCAGCGCAGGUGGUUCUGGUGGCUACGUUGGUCGCUGCACCGCGCCCUUACUGGUUGAUCGACAACACCUGAAGGCUGUGUCUCAGGACAGCGAAGAAAUCGUGCGGAUGAUCGCCACCGCGGAGGCAUCCUCCAGGGAGUUGGAAGAAGGACGUUGCGUGGAGCUGUUCCCAGGCCACCUGCGGUCCCAGAUCCAGGAGACGCAUCGCUGGACUUACCAUCUGCUUUCGAAUGCGGUGUACCGUGCGGGGUUCUCCACCAGCCAGGAGGCCUUUGCGCGCGCCUGCCGGGAUGUGGCCGAGGGCCUGCAGCGAGUGGAGGAGCUGUUGAGUGAGCAACCCUUCCUGUCGCCUUGGUGGAACCGGUGCGGCGAUCGGAUCACUGAAGCUGAUGUGAUGAUGCUGCCCUGUGCCUGUCGCUUCGAUGCCGUCUACGCCAGCCUCUUCCUCAGGGGUUCCUGCGGCUUGUGGCGCGAAGGUCCCGCGCGCCGCCGCUGGCUGCAGCGCUGCUGGGCGCUGCCUAUGGUGCCACAGACGGUGGAUGUCCAGCGAUGCCAGGAGAGUCGGGACUCCAAGGGCACCGAGGAUGAGCUGAAAAGAACAUGUUUGGUGGAAAGAAAUAUGGGGGGUUUCCAUAAAUGA